UUUUGCACAGAUUGCACAAACCGAAACUUUCCACUUACAACGUCAAGUACUUUAAAUUAAGUCGCGCAAUCGAUUCGUGGUCGACAUGAAGUUUGCUCUGAUUCUUGUCCUGCUCCUUUCCUUGACAGAGUUGUCUGUGCAAGACGAAGAGUCAGGGAAUCUCCGUUGGGGUAAGCCCAAACUCCGAUACAUUUGGAGAUCUGUGUUUAGUAAUUAUGCAGACGGUGAUUCCAUUGGUGAGCAAGGAGAGGUCGACACCGAUUCGCCAAUUACACCACGUCCUGUUCCGAGUCCGACGAAGUUGCCUACUGUUUCCCCAGUGGUGAUUCCGUUACCUGAUCACUGUGGUUGCUUUGAAUGUGACGAAGCCGCAUGGAACAAGGAGGUGACGGACCAGUCAGGAAAAUUUUCUUGUGGAACCCGAGUUCAAGGUGUUCAGAAUCAGCUCAGCAUCACUGAGGAAGAAGCCUGUCUCGUGGUGGCCGGAGACAACUUGCCGACCAUUUGCGGGCCGGCUUGCAAUCCCCGGCGAUGCGAUGGCAGAUUUCCUGAAGAAACUCCCGCCCCUUCCAUAACACCCAACGAUAUCGAGAUGCUUCCAGAGACGGAUAUCGAUUGUUUCCCGGAAUUUUCCAGUCGGCAGCGCUACGAGAAUGUUUGGAAUAACUUUACAGUUGAAGUUAAGGAGAAUCCGAUUGGGUUUUUGUGUCUUCCAUUCAACAAUCGGUUCAAACGAGAAACCGUUUCCCUUGUCAAUGACGAGCUGACCAUGCAGUUUAAGAAAGAUCAGAACUUCUGGACUGGAAGCGAGGUUCGAAUUGUUUUACCCCAGGAUCAGAUGCCCUAUACGUACGGUAAAUUUUCCUUUUCUGUGAAGGCAGUCCGUGUGGUGAAGGCUGGUAGCGGCACCAUUGUGUCUAAUAUUCUACCGCAAGGUAUAGCAUUCGGUAUGUUCACGAGAGAUCCAACCGAGAGCCUUGAGGAAAACUUUAGGCAUGAGGUAUACAUGGAGAUUUCGCGUUGGAAUAGAACCGCCGGUAUGGACCUUCAGUUUCUCGUGUCACCACUUGGCCUACCCCAGGUGAAGCGAUUCUUUUCCGGAGGAAAUGGAUACGACCAGUCAGGUCAUGUUUGGGAAUUCGAUUGGGCGCCCACCUCUAUCAAUUGGAGCGGUCCCAACAACAUAACACAUUCGUAUUCGACACAGCAAGCGUACGACUUCGGCAUUCCUGAUCGAGUCCAAUGCCUUCCAGCAAAUGUUGAGGUUCGUUUGAAUCUUUACAAUCUUGGUGGACUCGACACACCGACAGGUAUGCAAAACAAUGAUGUCGUUGAAGUCGUUAUUGAUCGAUUCUCGUAUACGCCCUCAGGCGAGACUGCUGUUGCCGAUGGUGAAACAUGUUCCAAGCAUUGCCAGUGUGAAUCCGAAUCGCUUUGCAUCAAUGCCAAGUGCACAUCAACUCCAUGAAAUAAAAUUCAUAUAUAUUAUGCGGCAUCUAAGUUUGCGGCGGUUGAAAUCGCAUCGAUUUACAGGCAGAAUUAAGAAUAAGGCGCAACUUUUGGUCCGCUAUUUUUAGAUUUGAUUUGUCUUAUUCGAGAAAGUACCUAUUGGCGUGAACACUGGAGAAUGUGCAUUUCAAAAAGAAAUCCUAAUUCU